AGUCCCUUUGUGGCCAGCGAGGGAGGAGGAAGGAACUGCAUGGUGCCUGUUAGUUCUCGUCCUCCCCCUUUUUUUUUAGCAUCUCCCGUGUGGGCGGCCUGUUGAUACACUCUCCGCGGGGUUUGUGGACGGUUGAUGUGCGCGUGAAGCUCGGGAUAAAUGUCAGAAGCUGUGAAUUCACUGCCGCCGCCCUGCAAACGCCCCCGCCUUGAUACAUCGGUGAACGGAAGCGCGACCAUGGCUGCAAAUGGCGCAGGGCAGGACAUUGACGAGUCGCUGUACUCACGGCAGCUGUACGUGUUGGGCCAUGAUGCCAUGCGGCGGAUGGCAUCCUCCGAUGUUCUCAUCUCGGGACUCGGAGGACUGGGUGUUGAGAUUGCCAAGAAUGUUAUCCUUGGAGGAGUGAAAUCAGUGACUGUGCAUGACACAAAGGACGCCUCCAUGCAUGACUUGGGCAGCCACUUCUUCCUGACGGAGAAGGACUUAGGGGUGAACAGGGCCCAGGCUUGUCAGGAGCGACUGUCAGAGCUCAACCCUUAUGUCCCAGUCUCUGCUUCCACCAGCCCUCUCUCUGAUGACUUCCUCAAGCACUUCAGGGUGGUGGUGUUGACAGACUCCACCAAGGAGGAGCAGCUGCGUGUGUCCGCCUUCUGCCACGCCCACGACAUCGCUCUCAUCCUCGGCAGCACCAAUGGGCUCUUCGGUCAGAUAUUCUGUGAUUUUGGGGAGAACUUUGAAGUGGUGGAUACCAAUGGAGAGUCACCAGUUUCUGCCAUGGUGGCUGGCAUCACCAAGGAGGAGAACAGUGUGGUGACCUGCCUGGAUGAGUCUCGUCACAGCCUGGAGGACGGGGACCACGUGACCUUCUCAGAGGUGCAGGGCAUGACGGAGCUCAAUGGGUGCAGUCCCAUCCCAAUCAAGGUGCUGGGUCCCUUCACCUUCAGCAUCGGGGACACCACCAAGUUCUCGGACUACGUGCGGGGGGGAAUUGUGACUCAGGUUAAGAUGCCCAAAAUUAUCAAGUUCAAGUCCCUGGAGGAGUCACUGAAGGACCCAGAGUUUGUGAUGACGGAUUUCGCCAAGUUUGACCGGCCCAGCGUCUUACACUUAGCCUACCAGACCAUGCAGGACUUUGCUGAGAAGAACGGACGCCUGCCCAAGCCCUGGAGUGAAGGGGAUGCUGAUGCCUUCCUGGGCCUGUUCAAGGAGGUGAAUGCUGCCAGCCCCUGCAAAGUGGAGGAGUUUGACGAGGGCCUUGUCAAGAUGUUUGCCAAGAUCUGCUCCGGCGACCUGGUGGCCAUGAAUGCUGUGAUUGGCGGCAUCAUCGCACAGGAGGUGAUGAAGGGGUGCUCUGGCAAGUUCACCCCGAUCAAGCAGUGGCUGUACUUUGAUGCCCUCGAGUGCCUUCCCGAGGACACCUCCUCACUCACCGAAGAUCUGUGCGCUCCCAGCGGCAAUCGGUAUGACCCUCAGGUGGCAAUAUUCGGCAAGGAGUUCCAGGAGAAGCUGGGCCGCCAGAAGUACUUUGUGGUGGGUGCUGGCGCCAUUGGGUGCGAGCUGCUGAAGAACUUUGCUAUGCUGGGUCUGGGGCUGGUGAAGGACGGGGGGCAGAUCGUGGUGACUGAUAUGGAUCUCAUCGAGAAGAGCAACCUCAACCGGCAGUUCCUGUUCCGUCCAUGGGAUGUCCAGAAGGCCAAAUCUAACACUGCUGCUGCUGCUGUCAAGGUGAUGAACCCGGACGUGAACAUUGUGGCGCACCAGAACAGAGUUGGGCCAGAGACAGAGCGCCUGUAUGACGACACCUUCUUUGAGGCACUGGAUGGCGUGGCCAAUGCCCUGGACAAUGUGGAGGCCCGCCUGUACAUGGACAGGCGCUGCGUGUACUACCGCAAGCCCCUGCUGGAGUCUGGCACACUGGGCACUAAGGGCAACGUGCAGGUGGUGGUGCCGCACCUCACUGAGUCGUACGGCUCCUCCCAAGAUCCUCCCGAGAAAUCCAUUCCCAUCUGCACCCUGAAGAACUUCCCUAAUGCCAUUGAGCACACCCUGCAGUGGGCGCGGGACAUGUUCGAGGGGGAGUUCCGGCAGGCGGCAGAAAAUGCAGCCCAGUACCUCCAGGACCCCAAGUUCAUGGAGCGCGCUCUCAAGCUGCCCGGCUCCCAGCCCGUGGAGACUCUGGACAGCGUGAAGCGCGCCUUGGUGGAUGACCGGCCACAUUCCUUUGAGGACUGUGUGCUGUGGGCCCGGAAGAGCUUUGCCGAACAGUUCAACAACCAGAUAGUACAACUCCUUCACAACUUCCCCAAGGACCAGACCACAUCCAGCGGGGAGCCGUUCUGGUCUGGCCCCAAGCGGUGUCCCCACAGCAUAAGGUUCAACUCCACCACGGACCUGCACUUGGACUACGUGGUGGCUGCUGCCAACCUGAAGGCAGAGGUGUAUGGCAUCCCACAGGUGAGGGACCGCCAGGCUGUCAUGGACAUGGUGGACAAGAUUGAAAUCCCAGAGUUCGUCCCCAAGUCCGGCGUGAAGAUUGCAGUGACGGAUGCCGAGGCUGAGGCCCAGAGCAACCAGGUGGACAGCGAGCGGGUGUCCAACCUGCAGGCGGCCAUCCCCUCGGCCACCAGCUUCGGUUCACUCAAGCUGAAGCCCCUCGAGUUUGAGAAGGACGACGAUUCCAACUUCCACAUGGACUUCAUUGUGGCCGCCUCCAAUCUGAGGGCAGAGAACUACGACAUUGCUCCUGCCGACCGCCACAAGAGCAAACUGAUUGCUGGGAAGAUCAUCCCUGCCAUUGCCACCACCACUUCCCUCGUGUCUGGCCUGGUGUGCCUGGAGCUCCUCAAGCUGGUGCAGGGACACCGCAAGCUGGAGCUGUUCAAGAAUGGCUUUGUCAACCUCGCACUGCCAUUCUUUGGCUUCUCUGAGCCCAUCCAGGCCCCAACCAACAAGUACUACGACAAGGAGUGGACCUUAUGGGACCGGUUUGAGGUUGAUGGGGAAAUGACUCUGGAGAACUUUAUCAAGUACUUUGAGGAAGAGCACCAGCUGGAGAUCACCAUGCUGAGCCAGGGCGUGUCCAUGCUGUACUCCUUCUUCAUGCCCCCCGCCAAGAGGAAUGAGAGGAUGGCCCUGCCGAUGUCUGAGGUGGUGAAGAAGGUGAGCAAAAAGAAGAUUGAGCCACACGUGCGGGCACUGGUAUUGGAGCUCUGUGCAAACGACAAGGACGGAGAGGAUGUGGAAGUGCCGUACGUGAAGUAUAACCUGCCCCAGUAGAUGUGAGCCGGCAGACACGGACAGGGACGGGGACAGGCCACCUCGAAGACUCGUAUUGUUGGCGAUGCCGUGAGGAGCCGGCAUCCAUGGGGAGUGUUACUCAUGGCUCUCCCUGAACAACAAAUGAAGUCUCUUACAUUCUCUUCCGUGACUGUUCACUGUGGAAGGUUGAAUCUGAUGACUGUCUCACUUUGCACAUGAACAGGUUAAUUAAGGCAGGUUUGUGAAGGAUUCCCAAACUUUUGUAAAAACAGUUAUAUGUAAAGAGCUUGUGACUAUAAAAGCUUGUAGUAUAUGGCACAGCAUACUGAAAGGCAAGGUAUUUGAUGAAUUCAACACUUCAUCAAUACAGGAUCUUGUGAAAAUGUAUUUGCAAGAUGUUUAUUAUCUCGAAAUUGAGAUUGUUUACUUUAAGAAGUAACUUAAUUUUUCUUUAUAAGUAUGAGGACAUCGUAAUCUGCUGUUUUGUUCACUUUGGAGUAAUGUGAAGGCAGACUUUAAGUAAGGAAAGCAGGAAUCAGUCUCCUAAGAUGUGAAGCAGUGUCAUCAUCAUCAUCAUCAGCAGCAACAGCAGUCUCUAAGAAUGAUGCCACAGAAAGGAGCACAAGGCAUUUUCAGUGGUGACAUGAACCAGGCAGGUGUGUUUGCCUCACAGACACCCACACACCACUCACCUGGCUUUGCAACACUGUAAAGGUACCCAAGGUCUGAAAGGGAUGCUACACAAAAAUAUAGGAAUUGCAAGUGAGAUUUUUGAAGAUAAAACUACUAAAAUGGUUAUAAAACCAUAAAAAUUGAUAGGUUAUAAGAAUAUUGACAAGAUGGAAGGAAGCCAGAGACAAGUACAAUGUGACAUUAAAAGGAAUAUCAACACACUUUUCCACCUUGCCUCUGCUGUUUAAUUCACUGCUGACACCAAAGUGGAACGGUUGAAUGUGGAGUAAUGUUUCACCUCAGGUACAAUUGAAUUAAGGUUUAUAGCUGGAUGAAACUCAACAAUUACUAGUGAAUCAGAGACAUGUGUGUUGCAAGUCUUGUGUAACCAGACACAUUCACAACCACAGCCUCUGAAACAAGCAGCAAAAAUGAGUUUCUUGAGAGAUGAAUGAAACGGUGCAAGAAAGAUGGGUCUAAUACCUCUUCCUGGUGUUUUGCAGCUGCUCCUGAAUGCAGAUUUUCACUUUACAGAGAUGCUUUCUUACAGGCAAGGCAGAUCAUGAGAAAAGAAGACUGCACCAGGCCAGUUGACUUAAGCAAGGCAGGUCCUCAGUCUGGAAUAGGUGACCAGUAAAGACAAGAGUGUUUGGUGAUCAGUUCAUGCCACUGCUGAGAAUGGCCAUGUUGUCAACCAAGACAUUUCAUAACAUCAAAAAAAAAAAAAAAAAAAUGUAGCUGAAAAGGGAAGCAUACUAGCUCUAGAACAUUUUUUGCUGAACAAUUAAUAUACUUGCUCCUUUUAUUUUUUCUACUUUUUUUUUUAUUUAUUUUUUUCCCCUACUGGUGUAGAGAUGAUGAGUAACACAAGCAAGCUGGUCAUGUGUGUGUGGCAGGCAGCUGAGUGAGUAAUGAGGAAGGUGGAAGGCAGCCUCUGUUCACCCCCACCCAUCACUUUGCAUAUAGGCCAGGGGGAGUAAGGUAUCACCCUCACCCCGUGGCCCUCCUAGAAUUUGAGAUCAGUAUCCUGUAAGUGCUACAUGUUAAGUCAGAAGGAGUGGAUGGACACUUUCUAAGUAGUUCAGUGCAAGUGUUGAGUGAGUGUUUUAAUUUUUGUAUUGCUUCAUCUUUGCUUGGUACCCAUGAUGAUACAUAUUAAACUGUGAUUUAA